AUGGGUGGAGGCAACGGACAGAAGGCCAAGAUGGCUCGCGAGAAGGCCCAGGCCAAGAUGCAGGCUAACCGAGGCAGUCAGCUUGAGGUGAACCAAAAGGCUAUGAGCAUUCAGUGCAAGGUGUGCAUGCAAACGUUCAUCUGCACGACGAACGAGGCCAAGUGCAGAGAACACGCAGACGCACGGCACCCCAAGCACGACUUCUAUGUGUGCUUCCCACAUCUCAAGCAGUGA